CGGACCUGCAGCCCCAGCCUGCCCUCUUCCUCGGCAAUGGUUCGACUGGCUGCCUGGUUGGUGGUUGCGCUUGUCGUAGCGUAGCAUGGCGAUGCCGGCACUGAAGAUGAUCGCCACCGCCAACAAGGACGAGUUCAUCCGCCUCUGUGCCAGCGGCCGCCUCAAGGAUGCGCUCCGGCGACCCUUCCGCGAGGUCCUCUGGUCGGACGCCGCGGGCCUUUUCUCCCACCUCUUCGGGGCUUGCCGCGCCCUCCUGCCUCUGCGCCAGCUCCACGCCUUCGCCAUCACGUCCGGUGCCGCCGCUGACCGCUUUACGGUGAACAACCUCAUGCUCGCCUACGCGGACCUGGGUGACCUCCCCGCCGCCCGUGAUCUGUUCGAGAGAAUUCCCAGGAGGAACGUCAUGUCCUGGAACAUUCUGUUCGGGGUUUACAUCAAGAACGGCGAUCUGGGAAGCGCGCGGAAGCUGUUCGACGAAAUGCCAGAGAGGAAUGUGGCGACUUGGAAUGCCAUGAUCGCUGGGCUCACCAACUUAGGCCUUGACGAGGAGAGCUUGGGGUUCUUCGUUGAUAUGAGGAGGGAGGGGAUGCAUCCCGAUGAGUUUGGCCUUGGCAGCGUGUUUCGGUGCUGUGCCGGUCUUAGAGAUGUUGUGACUGGGAGGCAGGUCCAUGCUUAUGUCAUGCGGUCUGGGCUGGACAGGGACAUGUGCGUUGGCAGCUCGUUAGCGCACAUGUACAUGAGAUGUGGGUGUCUACAAGAAGGAGAGGUUGUGCUCCGAAUGCUUCCAUUACUUAGCAUUGUAUCGUGCAAUACCGUAAUUGCUGGAAGGACGCAGAAUGGAGACUCAGAGGGAGCGCUAGAGUAUUUCUGCAUGAUGAGAGGUGUUGGUGUAGCUGCGAAUGCGGUCACAUUCGUGAGUGCUAUUAGUUCUUGCUCAGAUCUGGCAGCUCUUGCUCAAGGUCAACAAAUUCAUGCGCAGGUUGUCAAGGCUGGAGUCGACAAGGUUGUGCCGGUGAUGACUUGUCUUGUGCAUAUGUACUCUCGUUGUGGGUGCUUAGGUGACUCGGAAAGAGUUUUCUUUGGUUAUUGUGGAUCGGAUAUCUUCCUUCUCAGUGCAAUGAUCUCUGCUUAUGGUUUUCAUGGGCAUGGACAGAAGGUAAUGGAGCUGUUCAAACAGAUGAUGAAUGGAGGAGCAGAACCUAGUGAGGUCACUUUCUUGGCGGUGCUGUAUGCUUGCAGCCAUAGUGGUCUGAAAGAGGAGGGCAUGAAUUGCUUCGAUCUUAUGACUAAGACAUAUGGACUUCAGCCAAGUGUGAAACACUAUACUUGUAUUGUCGAUCUUCUUGGGCGAUCAGGUUGUCUGGAAGAAGCAGAGGCGCUCAUCUUGUCAAUGCCUGUGACUCCUGAUGGGGUCAUAUGGAAGACAUUGUUGUCUGCUUGUAAGACACAGAAGAAUUUUGACAUGGCAGAGCGGAUAGCAAAACGUGUCAUUGAGUUAGACCCUCAGGACUCUGCCUCUUAUGUUCUGCUAUCAAAUAUUCGAGCUACCAGCAGGAGAUGGGGGGAGGUCAGUGAGGUAAGAAAAACUAUGAGAGAGAAAUAUGUGAGGAAGGAGCCUGGUGUCAGCUGGGUGGAGCUCAAGGGUCAGAUACACCAAUUCUGCACAGGAGAUGAAUCUCAUCCAAGACAAAAGGAGAUUGACGAAUGUUUGGAAGAAAUGAUGGCCAAGAUUAGGCAGUGUGGGUAUUCACCAGACAUGAGCAUGGUGCUCCAUGAUAUGGAGGAUGAGGAGAAAGAAGUUAGUUUGUCUCACCACACUGAGAAGUUGGCAAUAGCAUUUGCUUUUCUGAGCUUACCUGAAGGAGUUCCUAUACGAGUAAUGAAGAAUCUACGUGUAUGUGAUGACUGCCACGUAGCUAUCAAGUUGAUGUCCCAGGUAACUGGUAGGGAGAUUGUGGUCAGAGAUGUAAGCAGAUUUCACCAUUUUAAAGAUGGUAGAUGCUCUUGUCGUGAUUAUUGGUGAUUCGGUCAAAAUUACUGUGGGAAUAACUUUUGCAUCUGCUGAGGGGAACAAGAUCCACAUACUUACCUGGUUUGUGAACAAUUUGAAGCAAUUUAGCACGUUGGUGCGCCAGCAGUCAAAAUUAAGGUUCAAUGGGUGCCAAACUACUGUUUACUAAUAACUCAGAUCAGCUAGUACGCACGCUUGAGGGAACUCUAAAGGGCGAAUAUGCUCAUUGGUGUUUGGUUGGCACUUCAGCCCUUGUCUAGUGGUCUAUGUACUUAGAGCAGGUACAAUAGCAGAUUAUAAGUCAUUAUAAAUAUAUUUUAAAGAGGUAAGAGAAGAGAGGGAAGAUUAGUGAGCUAUUAAUUUAUAGCCAGCUAUAGCACGAACUUCAAGACGUAGUGUGUGUAUGACAUAUGAGACUAUGUAUGAAUGUUUUGUAGGUAACUAUUGUAUGAAUUGCCAAAUUGGCUAUUAGAUUGACUACAGAUGAAUUGGAGCCAGUAGUUGGCUAUACUAUUAAACUUGCUCUUACAUAGCUGUCUUUUCCCAUACAAUGCAAUGCAGCAAUGCUAUUGCUAUGGGAGAACUUUGAUCGUUGUCGCCAGGAAUCUGCCUUCUUAACUUCUGAUCCAGCAGUGGGAGGUCAGGUCUUCACCACUUCACAGGACACAAAGGAUGAUGAAACUAAACCCAGCCUUAAACAAGGAUUGCCUAAAUGUGAGAUGAUAACAAGGUUUCAAAGUUGACCCUGAAUCCAGUAUUGUUCUAAUAGUUGAUGGUAAAAGCAAUGAUCAUGUUCCAUGGGGAUUCCAGUAUCAAACCCAUAAACGCACCGAAAUGGCCGACCAAUGAGACAAGUCUUGGAGCUGUCUGAAUCUCACUGCCUCCUUUUAUUGGCCACUUGCAAGCGGAACGUCAGGUCGGUCGUGCCUUCUCUCAUAAAUCUACUAUCUCUAAUUAGUAGAGUGAAAUAGAGUACUCACACAAAGCGAAAGAGCUACACCCGGAAAUGCAAGUAGGGUGCUCUCGCUUGUUAUACUAAUUCAGUACCCUUUUAUUUCGCAAAUUCAUCAAAGACCUUCGAGUUCAAGAUAUAUUCACCCAUCUCUCUUCUCUUGUAAAACUUGAGUUUGUUGUCAUACUCAAUAAUUUUUUGCUUAACCGUGUCUUGAGAUGAAGAAAAAUUCUACUAGCCACAAGAAACCACAGUAAGCUCUGGACCAUUUAUUGAACGCAGUUGGAU